AUGGCUGAGCGUAUCCGAAGAACGGAAAAAUAUGACAAAAUUGUUAGAAUUGGCGAUGCAGCAAGAAAAAACCCUGAAAGACUGAAGGCAGAACAUGUUAUCAAAUUUUUUCCGGAGCAUAUGCCUGAAGAAAUGUUCUAUCCAAAACAUACGAGCGAAGCCGCGCACUUCUGCGUCGUUUGUGGAAAACACGGAGAAUAUCGCAUGAGUGAACAUCUACUAAGAGCACAUAGUGACGUUCUUCAAAAGGAUUCGAUAAAUUUGAAGAUUGUCGAGCAGCUGGGACGCGGUAUCAUUCAGUACAUGGGUGUAGCACGAAUAGAUCUGAGGCUUGUACGUAAGCCAGUAACGUACGGAGAAUUGUGCAUCUACCACGAUCUUACACGGCAGAUCAAAAAUUUUGGCAUACCCAUUGUAGGGGAAUAUAAAGGUCAGAUCAGCCGAGACAGGUAUGUGACUCGUGCCGAAAUGAACGUGGAGAUCCAAGGAUUGGAAGAACGCUUCAGAGCUCCUACAGAAGAAGAGCGUGAGCUAGAAGAAGAGAGUAGCCCGGUAGUUGUUGAGGAAGCUGCACCAGUCCUAGAAGAGCAAAUUGAAGUAGUGGGGCCGUCCACUUCACAAGCAACAGCUUUGGAGGCGUUUACACCUACACCACAAAGGCACCGACUAUACACAUGUUUUGGCGACAAAAGCUUCACAGGUGGAUCUCAAGUGGCAGAAGUGUUCAAGGCUCCGCCUAAUCUCGAUCUUAUGUUUUCUUAUGAAUUGGAAUGA